AUGGUUCAUCUUUAUGAGCUGCUGAAAUCCAAUCCGCAAUCAUCUGGUAUUUCUGUUUCAUCUGUGGCACAAAUAGGUAAUACAAAGGUUAGGAUAGCCAAUGGAACUCUCGCACCUAUUGCGGGAAAAGGCCUUGUUAAAAUAUCUGAGGGAAUAGAUCUUAAAUCUGUUCUCCAUGUUCCACAACUUCAUUCUCAAGCUCAACCUACUAAAUGUGAAUCUGAAAUUGGUUUGUCAGAAAAAGAAAUACUACGAUUUAUUAAAAAUCGUGAAAAUCUUGAGCCUUUGGUUUAUUCUAGGAGAAAUGUACCUGAAAGAAAUAAAGACCAGGUAAUCAUCCCAGCACAUGGUCAAACGGAAGCCCUAAGCGACGACCUUCCAAAUAUUUCAGGAGUAAUUCCAGAAAAUACCAAUUUAGAUCUUCCUAUUGCCUUAAGAAAAGUAACCCGUACUUGCACUAAGUAUCCUAUUGCUAAAUGUAUUUCUUACAAUCAUUUGUCAAAACACCAUAGAGCAUUUAUUGCGAAUAUUUCAGAACUUGUUGUGCCUAGAAAUAUACUGGAAGCAUUGGAUGAUCCCAAUUGGAAUUUGGCAGUUAUGGAGGAAAUGAAUGCCUUGAUUAAAAAUGGUACUUGGGAGAUUGUAAGAGUACCGAAGGGGACAAAGAUUGUUGGGUGCAAAUGGUUUUUUAAAAUAAAAACCAAAGCUGAUGGGAGUGUUGAAAGGUAUAAGGCUAGGCUUGUCGCAAAAGGGUUUACUCAAACCUAUGGAAUUGAUUAUCAAGAAACUUUUGCUCCGGUUGCAAAAAUAAAUUCCAUUCAGGUUUUACUUUCUCUUGCUGUUAAUUCUAGUUGGCCUUUAUACCAAUUAGAUGUUAAAAAUGUUUUUCUUAAUGGGGAUCUAGGAGAAGUGUUUAUGAGUCCUCCACUUGGUUUUGAAAAGGGUGUUGUGAUGAGAAAUAGGAAAAGGAAAUGUGAAGUUUGGGAAAUGACUGGAAAAUUAGCUUAA